UUAAUUCUCAUCAUGGUGAGCAUUACGUUGGUGCGAUUCACUCUCUUCUUUCUCGUGCUAAUAUCUCUUCCCUUCAUCCUUAAUGCCGCCUUUAGGCCUUCUAAUGCUCUCUACCGAGGCGGCUCUCUUUCUGUGGAGAGGCCUUCCGUGGAUGUCCUUAUUUCAGAGCAAGGAACGUUCAAGGCGGGGUUCUACCAAGUGGGCCAGAAUGCAUUCUUCUUUGCCAUCUGGUAUGCGGAGACUCUCAGCCAUCCGACGACUGUCGUCUGGAUGGCUAACAGGGACUGGCCGGUAAACAGCAGAACCUCUCGUCUAUCCUUCCGGAGAAGAGGCGACCUAGCCCUGCUGGACACAGACGACAGCGUCGUGUGGACGAGCACGAACACGGACAGCACCGGUGCCGGGGUGGUUGCGGAGUUGUCGGAAACGGGAAACCUGGUAGUGCUGGACGGGGAGGGAAGGAUGGUGUGGCAGAGCUUCGACCAGCCGACGGACACUUUGCUGCCUGGGCAGCCAUUAACGAGGGCCAUACGCUUAGUGUCCAGAGCCGCUGAGGGCAUUUACAGUAGCGGGUAUUACGCUGCCCAUUUCAAUGACGACAACGUGCUGAGUUUCAUUUAUGAUGGGCCCAACACGUCCAGCGUCUACUGGCCCAACCCUGACUACGAUGUCUUCAAGAAUGGCAGGACCAAGUAUAAUAGUUCAAGGUAUGCAGUGCUCGAUGACAUGGGAAUGUUAACUUCAAGUGAUAGGUUGCAAUUUUCUGCAAUAGAUUCUGGCUUAGGAGUCAAAAGAAGAUUAACAAUGGAUUUUGACGGCAUUCUCAGACUUUAUAGCCUCAACCAUACAACAAAAAACUGGGAAGUUUCAUGGAUGCCAAAAUUGCAAAGAUGUAGAGUCCAUGGCCUUUGUGGGGAAAAUGGAAUUUGUUUUUAUAAACCAAACCCUACAUGCACUUGUCCUCCGGGUUUUCGGAUGAAGGACCAAGUUGACUGGACUCAAGGAUGCCAACCAGAAUUCGAUAUUGUUUGCAACAAGACAGAAGUGAAGUUUAUGAAGCUUCCACAUACAGAUUUCUAUGGAUAUGAUUUAAACUAUCAAACAAAAAUAUCAUUUGAAGCUUGUGAAAACAUCUGCAGAAGUGACUGCAACUGUCGUGGAUUUGGAUAUAGGUUGAAUGGAGAAGGAAAUUGCUACCCAAAGAGUAUUCUCCUUAGUGGCCAAUCUAGUCUUCUCUUUAUUGGCGACAUGCAUAUCAAAAUUCCCAUACUGAUGAACUUUAGUGCCAGCACUGUUGACCAAAUCAAUCUAGACUGUUCAAAAGUAUAUUCACCAAAGAAACUGAAUAGAGCUUAUGCAGAAGGCAAAGCAAAGGGAGACUAUUUAAAGUAUCCAAUCAGUUUUGUUAUAGCUUUUGGCGUAGCAGAAAUAAUAUGUGUGGCAUUUGGAUGGGCUUAUUUUCAUAAAAAAACAGUUGACCUCCGCAAUCAAAAUCAAAGCUAUGUGGCUAUUACAGCAGGUUUUAGAAGGUUUACUUUUGAAGAGUUGAAGAAAGCUACAAACAAUUUCAUCGAGGAAAUCGGAAGGGGAGGAUCCGGGGUGGUUUAUAAGGGAGUCCUAGAGGAUAAAAGAGUUGUGGCUGUGAAAAACCUAGAGGGUUUGAGCCAUGGAUCAGAAGCACAAUUUUGGAGCGAGGUAAGCACAAUUGGAAGAAUCAAUCACAUGAAUUUAGUCACUAUGUUUGGAUUUUGCGCUGAAAAAGCAAAAAGGCUGUUAGUUUAUGAGUACUUGGAAAAUGGGUCCUUAGAAAAGAACCUCUUUAGCAAUGGUGCUAUGCUUGCUUGGGAAAAUCGGUUUAAUAUUGCGCUAGGUACAGCAAAGGCUCUUGCUUAUCUUCAUGAGGAGUGCUUAGAAUGGGUUCUUCACUGUGAUGUAAAACCACAAAAUAUUCUUCUGGACAAGGACUUUCAGCCAAAAGUGGCCGAUUUUGGUCUGUCCAAGCUUUUUGACAGAGGUGGAAAUAACAUCUCUCAAUUUUCUAGGGUGAGAGGAACAAGAGGUUACAUGGCUCCUGAGUGGAUUUUGAACCUACCCAUUACAUCCAAGGUUGAUGUUUACAGCUAUGGCAUUUUGGUGUUGGAGUUAGUUACUGGCCAAAGUUCCAUUGGAUUUCAACGGAUCAGUGAAAAUGGAGAACUUGGAAACAAAAAAUUGAUCCCAUGGAUUAGAGAAAUGGUGAGAAUGAAUCAGAACUGGGUGGAAGAAAUAGCAGAUCCACAGUUGUUUGGAAUGUAUGACCACUCAAGCAUGGAAAUUCUAAUUAAGGUGGCUUUGCAAUGCAUUGAAGAAGAAAGGGAUGUAAGACCAAGCAUGAGCCAAGUUGUGGAUUCCAUCACCGUUGCUUGCCUUCUUGAUAGAGAAAUGCAUGACGAAAUUGAGUAAUCCCAAUCAUCUGAUCAUUGCUUGCUUCAGCCACUGCCUUUUGUUCUUUCAUUUGUACCUAUGUCGUCUCUUACGUUAUUGUGGGUUUAU